GCAUGCGUACUCAAAAAUCUCCGAACGCUGCCAAAACGCUCAAAUUCUUAACCUAACAUUAUUUUUGAGCCGAAAACAGUGCAAAAAACGCAAAUAGUGGUAUUUUGAGUGCAUAAAAACAAUCAGAAUGGCUUUAACGAAACCCAAAUCAGAAAUGACCGCUGAGGAGCUUCAGGCCCGUGAAGAGGAAGAGUUCAACACGGGCCCUCUUUCGGUGCUCACCCAAUCGGUCAAAAACAAUACUCAGGUGUUGAUAAAUUGCCGAAACAAUAAGAAAUUGUUGGGUCGGGUGAAAGCUUUCGAUCGCCACUGCAAUAUUGUUUUGGAAAAUGUGAAGGAAAUGUGGACGGAGUUGCCGCGGCCUGGAAAAGGGAAGAAAAAAGCCAAGCCAGUGAAUAAGGAUCGGUUCAUUUCGAAAAUGUUCCUGCGAGGCGACGCGGUUAUUAUAGUUGUAAGGAAUCCAUUAGCUACUGCUAGUGGUUAAUUAGUGUAAGGUUAGUUUGGAAUAAAAUUUGUAUCUUCAG